AAACUACCGUGCGACGCCACAUUCCACCACAGGAGUUUCCGAUCCAGUGCCGAGCUCCUCUUUGGACGAAGAUUGACUGUCAAGUUACCUGAAGUAGUCCCCACGUCCCAAUCACGAUCCCAAUUCGACGAUAUCGAUCUCAAAAAGAAGGGAAAGAUGAAAGAGUAUGCUGAUACCGCAGCCAAACCAAACCCACACAGCUUUCAAGUUGCAAG